CAUAUUCAUAACAACUGAUCCUGAUAAUGUGCCUCGUACUGUACAGUCUAGAUGUCAAAAAUACCUAUUUAGCAAAAUUAAAGAUGGGGAUAUUGUAGCAAGGUUGAGGAAAAUUUCUGCUGAAGAAAAUCUGGAUGUUGAAUUGGAUGCAUUGGAUUUGAUUGCUAUGAACGCAGAUGGUUCACUUCGAGAUUCAGAAACAAUGUUAGAUCAGUUGAGUUUGUUAGGGAAGAGAAUAACUACAUCUCUUGUAAAUGAACUUGUAGGUGUUGUUCCAGAUGAGAAACUACUGGAACUUUUGGAGUUAUCAAUGUCUUCAGACACAGCAGAAACAGUGAAAAGGGCUCGGGACUUGAUGGACUCAGGGGUGGAUCCAAUGGUUUUGAUGUCUCAACUGGCAAGCCUCAUUAUGGACAUCAUUGCUGGGACUUACAAUGUAGUUGAUGCCAAGCAUAGCAAUUCCUUCUUUGGUGGAAGAAGCUUGACUGAAGCAGAACUGGAGAGAUUAAAGCAUGCUUUGAAGCUUCUCUCAGAGGCUGAGAAACAGCUACGGGUUUCAAGUGACCGCUCGACAUGGUUCACUGCUACUCUCUUACAGCUUGGUUCAGUGCCUUCACCAGAUCUUACUCAGUCAAGUAGCAGCAGGAGACAGAGCUCUAGGACGACUGAGGAGGAUCCUUCAAGCACUUCAAGAGAAGUUACUAUUUACAAGCAGAAGUCAGAUGCUCAGUAUUUGUCUCGUAGAUCAAGUUCACCUGCUUCCUUGUAUAAAGCAAUAAAUGAGAAUUCCGAAUUUGGUUUUAGUUCUAAGCCCCUUCCUAGUCGAACAAUGCAUAGCCGUACUUCGACUGCUUCAUGGGAUGAUGAACUUGUUGAAACUAUGCUAUUUAGAUACAGAAAUGCAGACAAGUUGGAUCAUAUCUGGGAAAAGUGUAUUGCAAAGUGUCAUUCAAACACACUUAGGCAGCUGCUACAUGCUCAUGGAAAGCUUUUUUCCAUAUCUGAACUUGAAGGUAUUUUGGUUGUUUAUGUUGCAUUUGGGGAUGAAGAUAUUAAAGCCAGAGCUGAAAGGUUUAUGAGCAGUAUCACAAAUUCAAUUGAAAUGGUCCUCAGAUGCAACGUAGAAGUGAGAAUUAUCCUUGUGCCAGAUGGUGUAGAUUCUAUGAAUUGUGUGAAUCAAAGUGAGUUACAGGGUCAGAAGAGGGCAGAAGCAACUUUGGCAAAUGAGCAGGAAAGGAAAGAAAAUAGUUCAAACCUACUUAAUGGUUACUCUGACUCACAACAAGAGUCCUUAAAAUUAUCUAGAGGAAGCUUUAAUGAUUUGGAGAGCAAGCUGAAAGGAGGAUCUUCAAAUUUGCGGGAGAGUCCUUUUCAGUCUACUGCUUUAUCAACCGAGUUACCGCCUGAUCCAGAUGCUGAGAAUGGUGGUGUGAGAGAAAGAAAGCAGGAAUUACCAAUGCAGAGAAUAGAAUCUAUCAUCCGUGAGCAGAGGUUAGAGACUGCCUGGUUACAGGCAGCAGAGAAAGGCACGCCUGGAUCAUUGAGCCGUCUGAAACCUGAGAAGAAUCAGGUGCUGCCUCAAGAGGACAACUAUCGUCAAAAUCAAAUGGAAUCUGCAAGUUCAAUGGGCCUGUCAUCUCAGCAUUGGGAAGAUGAAUUAAAUCAUGAACUUAAAGUUUUGAAGAUGGAGGAUAGGAUGGUGGUCUACAAGGACCAGAUUGGUAAGAGGGCUGAUCGUUAUCCAAUAUCUCCAAGCCUGUUGCAUGAUAACAACCUUGUGGGUUAUCCAAACAACGAAAACCUGGGAUAUGAAUCAAGUUCAGCAAGCGGGGGUUGCAGCGGGCUUCUCUGUUGGAAUGCCAACAGAUCUCUCAAGGGAAAGGCUAAAGGGACCUCUGUUCGCUCCAGACACAAGAGCGGGCGAUUUACAUUGUUUGGAGAGUGUGGGAAACAUAAGAAAGCAGAGAACAGGAUUAAAACAUAAAAGGAAUAGCUAAGAUAGUAUCUGGAUAUUUAGCUCCAGAUGUUUGUCACUUUCACAUAUAUAGUUCUUUUCUGUAUUUAUUUUUUCAGGUUCAGGCAUUUGUUAAGGUUAUGCCAUGAGGAAAGUAUUUCAUGUAAAGGUUUUUUUGCUGGUGAACAUUGACAUUUCUUUCAUUUCCAGCCAUUUUUGAUUGGAUCAAUAAAAGAAACAUGGGAAAACAUGCAGGCUAUCUGUUCUUGUCUU